CGUUAUCUGUUUGUUAUGUUGAGUGUGGUCGGUAUUAUUCCGUUCGGACAGCGGUGAAGGCGAUGCAGCUGCAAGGAGUCGUCGGAACGAUGAUGCAGUAGUCGAAAAAAACCAACGCGAAUCCACCCAAAAACCCACCUCCAUCGGCCAGUGUUUUCGCAACAACCGCAAUCGAUUGGCCGCGAGUGUAGUUCUCCGUGCAGUGGCGCACCUAUGUGUUGGUUUCCCACCCAAAGAUCGAACGGACGAACGGAUAGUUGGGCCCACGGUUGUGUUGUGGGGCCCCUGCGCUAGUGCGUCAUCUCCCCGUGCGUCCGAGAUUUAAUUCGCUCCACCGCUGUGUAGUGGUCAGCCGCGAGUCGCACGCGAUGUGGAAGACCGUUGUGUGAGAUUAAUUGCCCCUUGCGCCGUUUCACGGGUCAACGACGGCGGAACCGUCUGGCGGGCGGUGGGCCCGACACGGUUUUGUGAAUAAUUUCUCCAAAUCGUCCUCGGCGCACGAACGCCUCGUCGUCUUGGUGCGGUAUUUCCGGGUCGAAGAUAAAACCGCCAAUUCCAAGGAAGAACGGAACACCGAACGGCAUCAAAAUGACGAACAUGCGGCCACCGAGCAAAAACGUGCUGCUAAAAGUGGUCAUUCUCGGUGACGGGAAUGUCGGCAAAAGCUGCCUCAUGAACCGCUUCGUGUCGAACUAUUUCGAUGCGCACAGUUUUCAUACGAUCGGUGUCGAGUUCCUCAACAAAGACUUACAAGUGGACCAGGAGCGCUACACGCUGCAGAUCUGGGAUACGGCCGGCCAGGAGCGAUUUCGGGCCCUGCGGACACCGUUCUACCGGGGCACCGACAUCUGUCUGCUUACGUACGCGAUCGACGAUCGGCAGAGCUUCAAAACGUUGGCCAGCUGGCGCGACGAGUUUCUCCGGUACUACGACGUCAAUCCGGAGCGCUUCCCGUUCAUCGUGGUCGGCACCAAGAGCGAUCUGGCCGCUACGGGGCACCGGCAGGUGACGGCCGAAGAGGUAACCCACUGGUGCCAGGAGCAUCACGUGGCCGCCUUCAUCGAAACGUCGGCCAAAACGUCCGACAAUGUGCCCACCGCGUUUGCGCUGGCCGUGCAGCAGUGGAAAAAGCUCGAGCGAUGCACGGAGCGCGAGCUGCGUGCCCAAGGCCACGACACGAUCGAUCUGAUGAAGAGCGUGAACUUGAGCGCAAACCGAAAUCGGUUCUGCUGCGUCGGCGGGAACGCUGGACGACCCGCGGCCACCGGACAGGACGAUGAUGACUAUCCGAAUUGAGCGAUAACCGCGUCGUGCCGUUCGUCGAUAUGUGAUAAUAGAUCGGGUUUUCUCCACAAAACGGGGUGGGAUGAAAAUGGACGGGAGGACAAAUCAGCGAUCGCGUAGUUAGGUGAUUAGAAUUUUUCCCCACAACGCCACGCCGUAAUGCACAAAAAGAACGAGGUUUCAAGGUUGUCUGCGAGAAUCUGCAGCGGCGGCCGUCACUCUGACUGCCGGACUCCGCCGGAGUGGGCAUGCAUGUAUGAAGGUGACCACACAGAUGUAAAAAUGUAUUUCCGCUUCACUGCACUCGCGCUUGCGAUCCACGCCCCGUGGCCACAAUCGCCGUGAUUGUUCUCUCGGACAGUGCGAAAUGGGUCGCUGGGAAGUGCUGCCCAGGGACAAACGUGAACAUAGAUGCGUCCGUUCGUUUGCGCUUGAUUAGCUGUUCGUAGUCGAACAAGGAAUCGUUGUUUUAUGUGUUAUUUUUUGUCCAAAAACACGCUAAAUUACGAGCAAUAUUACGAGUGAGCAAUUUUUCUUUAGGCUAUCCUUUCGUCGCACUCAGAGUGCUCAGAGUUUUUCGAGUUUAUUUGCAAUAUUUUGUACCUGACCAACGCAUUUAUGCUCGAUGCGCAUCGAAUACGAAUACUAUCGUGCAGGUACACACAUUGGGAGGAAUAUUCCGAAACCCUCUUCCGAACCCACGUUACACGGGACGAACACUCAGCCUGCGCCGCUCAGUGCAUGCCACUUGCAACCGGCGUUACAGCAUCGAGAUUUUAAUAUUAAUGGUUCGUGAAAGGGACUGGCAGUUUGAUGGGCACCGUUAGGUAUAAGAUUAAUUUAAUUUGUCGUUAAAAAUGUGUGUUACUGCGCAUUUAGCUGUUUAUUUAAAACCCGAAUACACAUUCCGCUAAGCGUUGUUUUAUACCUUCCAAAACAGAAACCGAUUCAUUCCACUAGCUUAUCGAAAGGUGCACGGCGUUUACGGCUUUUUGUCGGAUUCCGGGCGUUUGGGCACGUCAACUCCCGAUUGGAAUUGCCGCAGAGUGAGAGAUUGUAGGUGGUAGCUAGGACGAUAAAGGGGUCACGUACCUUUUAAUUAAACAAAAUGGUGGGGAAGAGUGUGACACGGAACCGAGAAGACUUGCAUGUAGGCCGCCGGGUGGCCCAGGAUUGUGAAAUGAUGGUGCAAACGUAGAGUUAGAGCAGAGAAAGGCAGGGAGGCGAGAGUGUAGUGUUUCAUAAGAGCUAUUUUUUAGGCAUAUUGAACCUCUGCAACACAUUCACUUACUUCUACUGAUUCAUUUGUAUAAUAAACCAAAGUAAAAAGUAAAAAGAAUCGAC